GACUUCAGUGAAAGAUUUGUAAGAUGUCAUACUGCACUCUCUUUUCUUUAACCUUUGGCAUCCUUAGCAGCCUAAUGCUGAGGGAGGUCACCACUCUUAGAUGGCCACGUCCAGGUGACAGUGAUCCUCAUAGAUUUACAUGGAGCAAAUUUCCAGUGAAUGUUCAAGAUUUUCCACGGAGUUUGGAGAUAGAAGACUUCAGUCUUAACGUAGCCCCAACCAGUGGUCGCGUGAGCUCUCCUACCAUCCUUCGGCUUCACCCAAUAACAGCCAAACCAUCUCACAUGCACGCUAACCUGCCGCUGCGCUUCGGGCGAGACUCGCAGGCGAAUGCAGGUGACCGCGCGCCCAAGUCUACCAUCAACCUCCCGCAACGGUUCGGCCGGUCCUGCACUAUGUGUGUGAGCUCAGGGACUGGACCUUCAGCCACCCUCCCGCAAAGGUUCGGGAGACGGAACAUAUUUACUGUGGAACCUUUUCGCACCUUGAGUCUGUUUACACGUUCACCUGAAUUACCAUUUCCAAAAGACAGGUCUCAAGUCAAUGACUACAUGUUUGAAACAGAAGACUCACAGUUAUCCUCUGAUGCAAACUACAAAAGUUUUAAAUGAAAAAUAUGUCAUUUACAUGAUCCAUGUAAAAUAUUCAUAAUUAUCAGUGUGACGAAACAAGAAACUGUAAUGGAGCCAUUUUCAGUAUUUUAUUAGGAAUACGAUUCGGAAUAAAACAUUAAAUCACCCUCAGACUUUCACUAAAACGGUAAACUGUGUGUUUAUAGGUUGUGGUUAGCCUAUUAAAAUAAAAAUCUUAUUUGCAAAUAGUAAAAUGCAUUUAGCAAUAAAUUCUA